CCAACACGCUCCAUUUCCACCACCGUUCCUUGAGUCAUAACAGGAGAAAACCAAAAUGACCACCCACAGAGACUCUAGCUUCCUCUGGCAGUCGCACCAUCCACGAUGGCAUCCAGAACCUUCUGCAAAACAGAGGAAACGAAGGAAAGCAAGUAGCCACCAGGACUUAGACAAUGAUGCCUCUGCACCCUCCAACCGGGUACUGCGGGGUCACGGUUUGUGGGGCAACUGGCUCCUCCUGCCUCUGUUCAUGAUCUCAUACUUGCCCUGUGAAGCCUGGGGCGCCACUUUCAAGAUUGCCAUCAUAGGACCCUGGACGUGUGACCCCUUGUACUCCAAAGCUCUGCCCGACCUGGCCGCUCGACUUGCCGUCAACCGCAUCAACAAGGACCCUUACCUCAACAAAGGCUACUGGUACGACUACACGCUCAUCAACGAGGACUGCCAGACGUCCCGUGCCCUGGCCCGAUUCGCUGAGCUGGAGGGCUACGGCUCGGCCUUCCUGGGGCCAGCUAAUCCGGGCUACUGCUCCUCUGCUGCCCUGUUGGCCAAGAACUGGAAUGUAGGCCUCCUGUCCUGGGCAUGCCUGAAGGCUAACAUGGAGGAUGGCACGUACCCCACGUUUGCACGUCCACUGCCGCUGUCGUCCCGUGUGUUGUUCGCUGUCCUUCGAUACUUCCGGUGGGCCCAUGUGGCUGUCAUUUCCGAGGAGAGUGACAUCUGGGAGGCGACCAGUCAGGAGGUGGCCUCCUCACUCCGCAGCCUGGGCCUGCCUGUCAGCACCGUGGUCACCAUGGAGAUGGACAAGGAUGGGCCCCGGAAGGCAUUGCAGAAAGUACGAGAUGCGGACCGUGUACGAGUGGUCAUCAUGUGCAUGCACUCUGCCCUCAUGGGUGGAGAAGCUCAGUAUAAGCUGUUGACCACAGCGACGCACAUGCGCAUGAUUGACCGCGGCUACGUCUUCAUCCCCUACGACACGCUACUCUACCCGCUGCCAUAUAAAAAUGUGAGCUAUCCCUUGCUGGCCAAUGACACCAAGCUGAGGCGGGCGUACGAUGGGGUGCUCACCAUUACGGUGGACCAAGGAGAGCAGAACUUCUAUGAGGCCUUCAAAGAAGCUCAGGACAGUUACGAGAUCCGCAGUAGUGCCUCACCUGAACAGGUCUCUCCAUUCUUUGCCACGCUCUACAACAUGCUGUACUACACGGCCAUGGCGGUGGAGCACAGCCGGGCGGCUGGUGGGGGCCGCUGGGUAACUGGAGAGAUUCUGGCUCAGAACGAGGGCGGCUUCGAGUUCAAUGGCUUCAACCAGCCCGUGUCGGCGGGCAAAGAGGGUGAGGGCAUGCAGAUCCGGUACGUGGUGCUGGACACUGAUGGCGUGGGCUCCAACCUGCACCGCACACACGUCCUGGAGGCGGCACACACGUUCGGCAAGUUCGGGGCACUCAAGUACAUGGGCAAGUCCAUUCACUUCGCUGGAGCCUCGCCCAGCAGUGACCCCAACUGCUGGUUCAGCAGAUACAUUGCCUGCAGCGGCGGUAUGGAUGGAGUGACCUUCUUCUUCCUCGUCCUACUCUUCGGUGCUUUAAUAGCUGCAAGUGUUUUCCUCUACCAUAUGAAGUAAGAGCCUAUUUCUGUGGAAGCACUUGGAGGAGGAGGAGGAGGAGGAGGAGGAGGAGGAGGAAGAGGGAUCGGAGCCCCCACUAAGCUAGUGCUCACAUUGGAUGACCUGGUCUUUAUCAACACACAACUCAGCAAGAAGAAGCUGAAUGAAGACAGCUUAGUAAAGAGUCAGUUAGAUGUGAAGACCCCUCGCCACUCAGUGUCUGGACGCAGCUACAUCACCUCCACUCCUGAAAGCUCCAACGUUGCUGUGUUUGAGGGUGACUGGGUGUGGCUGAAGAAAUGCCCUAAUGGAGGAUCUGUUUUAGAUGUCAGCGACAGAACACAAAAGAUCUUCGUUAAGCUAAGGGACAUGCGUCAGGAGAACCUGAACCUGUUUCUGGGUCUGUUCCUGGACUCUGGUAUUUUCGGGGUAGUGACGGAACACUGCUCUCGGGGCAGCCUGGAGGACCUGCUCAAUAACGAGGACAUGAGACUGGACUGGAUGUUCAAAUCCUCUCUGCUCAUGGAUCUGAUCAGGGGAAUGAAGUACCUGCACAAUAGGGCCAUCAUUCAUGGCCGCCUGAAGUCUCGGAACUGUGUGGUUGACGGUCGGUUUGUUCUGAAAGUGACAGAUUAUGGCUUGAAUGAAAUCAUGAACUCUGAGAACAUCCUCUCCCUGGACGACAGCAAACCAGAGGACCAGUUGUGGACGGCUCCAGAGCUGUUGCGCAGUGCGAAGCUGAUGAGGACAGGCACGUACCAGGGAGACGUCUACAGCUUCUCCAUCAUCAUGCAGGAGGUCAUCUCCCGCAGCGCUCCUUUCUGCAUGCUGGACAUGCCUCCACAAGAGAUUAUAGAUAAGGUGCGCUCUCCUCCUCCUCUGUGCCGACCAAGUGUAUCAGUGGACGAGGCUCCACUAGAAGUGAUCCAGUUAAUGAAGCAGGCCUGGAGUGAAGACCCUGACCUCAGGCCCACAUUUGAGGAGAUUUUUAGACAGUUUAAGACCAUAAGUAAAGGAAAAAAGACGAACAUCAUAGACUCCAUGCUGCGCAUGCUGGAGCAGUACUCCACUAACCUGGAGGAUCUGAUCCGUGAGAGGACGGAGGAGUUGGAAGUGGAGAGGCAGAAAACUGAUGCCCUGGUGGCCCAGAUGCUGCCCAAGUCAGUGGCUCUGGCUCUAAAGACGGGGAAGCCUGUGGUGCCGGAGCAUUUCUCUGAGGCCACGCUUUACUUUAGUGACAUUGUGGGCUUUACCACCAUUUCAGCCCUGAGCGAUCCCAUCGAAGUGGUGGACCUGCUCAAUGACCUCUACACACUGUUCGACUCCAUCAUUGGCAUGCACGACGUCUACAAGGUGGAGACCAUCGGUGAUGCGUACAUGGUAGCGUCUGGAGUCCCCAGCCGCAAUGGCAACCGGCACGCCGCAGAGAUGGCCAACAUGUCUCUGGACAUCCUGUCCUGCAUCGGGACAUUCAAGAUGAGACACAUGCCCACCGUUAAAGUCAGAAUCCGCAUUGGACUCCACUCUGGUCCAGUGGUAGCUGGAGUGGUGGGCUUGACUAUGCCUCGGUACUGUCUGUUUGGGGACACAGUAAACACAGCAUCUCGAAUGGAAUCCACAGGGUUGUCUUACAGAAUACAUGUAAACAUCAGCACAGUCCAGAUUCUCAGAGAUCUAAAGCUUGGAUAUAAAAUAGACUCGAGGGGCAAGACGGAACUUAAGGGUAAAGGAGUGGAGGAGACAUUCUGGUUGGUCGGUAAAGAAGGAUUUAAUAAGCCUCUGCCUAUCCCCCCAGACCUUACACCAGGGGCGAGUAACCACGGCAUCAGCCUGGAGGAAAUUCCCGAAGACAGAAAGCAGAGGUUCCUGGACCGGCAAAAGAGGAUGGGUUAAAAAGAAAACUUUAGGUGGUGAUGCCCACGUUCCCCCACUGGCCUCUGUCAGACCGUCAGCAGUCAGCGAAAGAUUUAGGGCAAUUUAGAAAGUGUUGGGAGGUAAGACGGGUGGCCUUAGAGGUAUUUGUACCAAUACCUCUACUAUCCUUAACAGCCUCCUCAAAAAUGCACAAAUGGAGUUAAGGGUUCACCUAACAAGGACAUCAAGACCCUCCCUCAGUGUCUGAGAAAGCCUCUCAGAGUGAACCAGCCGCAGUCUGCCAUGGAUGACCACCACAGACGUUACACACCGGCUAGAGAUUAUACUGCAACGUAGCCAAUAUGAUA